UAUCAGUUCCGUAAUCAGUACGACAAUGAUGUUACAGUCUGGAGCCCACAGGUAAAAUAGUUCCUGAUUAUUAUUAUUAUUAUUAUUAUUAUUAUUAUUAUUAUUAUUAUUAUUAUUAUUAUUAUUAUUACUAUUAAUCCAAGUAAUCAUCUGGAUCAACUUCAUAUCACUUCAGUCUUUGACAACUGGGAAAAUAAAAAUGAUGUGGGUUAUUAUAGAAGCCAGCCAAUAUAUAAAUACCCCGGUACCCCUCAGUUUAUCUUAGUGAUAUUGUGGUUCUCCGGGGUUGUCCCAAUCAUCCAGGUAAUUCCCCGGGGGUAGUUCCCAGUCACAUCAUGAGGCAUCAACAAGAACCUCAGACUGCGAGCAGUCUUCAGUCAGUCGAGUCUAAGCUCGGCAGGACUUGAGAGAGCGAAUUGGCCGAGAGGGAAACUGGAUAGAGGCCACCUCCUCCCCAGCUUUCCCUCGGCUUUCGCUCGCUUCGCUUGAUUUCCUCGCUCGCGUGACCAUCCUGAGGGACUGCUCGCAGUCUACAAGUACCUUGAACAAUGCCAGCUUUUGAAAACAAGAACAAACAUUAAUGGUCAGAGCAGGUGUCACUUUUAGGGUUUUUAGGCAGGGUUUUGAAGAUCAGAGAGUUUUAGUCUAGAAUAGCACAAUAUUUUGAAGCUUAUCAAUGAAAGGUCUUAAGAGUGAACUCUAAAAUAAUAGUAAUUGGCAGUUGGAAGUCUAGAAUAAGCUUACCAAAAAUCAGCUGAUCAUGGGCUAGUAUGUGGGAAAGGUAUCCAAAUCCUAGCAGGUAGUGACCAUUAAGAAAGUAUAAAAGACCCCUCAAAAUCGAUCCAUUCUAAUAACCACGAAUUUUAUUGUGGGGCUACUUAUUGCUAUUGAUUGAUGUUUAAUGCUGUGAGUUCAGUUAAACAACAGUACGCAAAUUCUGUGUGUACUAUUGUAAAAUAUUGGUUGUCAUCAGUAAUACUCAUGUGUCAUUUUAGGGCCGCAUACAUCAAAUUGAAUAUGCAAUGGAAGCUGUCAAACAGGUAUGAUUUUUUUAUCUGUGAAUGAUCAGACUAAAGAAUAAGGCCAAUUUAAAAUGUUCAUGAGAGGAAAUGUUAUAGUAAGGUGGUAUCAAAGGUCUAAAACAGAUUAGACAACAUGAAGAGGUGUAUUAUUUUCUCUAAGAUGCUUGGGUGUACUUAGGUGUGUGCAGGGUUCGCAAAUACGCCAAAUUUGGCGUAUUUUACGCCAAAAUUGUUCAGAUGACUCCACAGAGGUUACGGAGGGAGUCACUUCGACUUCAGAAAUUUUUGGUAACAAACAGGGAGCCACUUCGACUCCAAAAAUUUUCGGUAACAAACACAGUUUUGUCCCUACCUUUUUCGCAACAAAUGCAAUUUACGUUAAUUGUAAACGUUGUAAACCUUAAUUAAAUCAUCAAAAUUAAAGAAUGAUACUGCACGACAAAACUGGAAGAGGGUAAAUUACGAUCAAAGUUUACUCGAUGACCACCAUCAUGGAUUUGAGCUUUCUAGGUCAGUGGACCCCCACAGCUACACCGUGUAUCCAUCACGAUAGUUAUUCAUGCCAGGACCACGUGCUGUAAAGUCUGAAAAUGGCUUUUUUCGUUGUGACACUUGACUCCAAAUUUUCCAAAAUGACUCCAAAAUUUGUGAAGCGGAAGUCACAGUGACUCCACUGAUCAAUAAAAUUUGCAAUCCCUGGGUGUGUGUUUAUUUAUUAGACCUUCAUCACAGUCUUAAUGAAAUGUUUUGCCUUUGCCUUUCAUUGAUACAUGAUCAUAUGUUGUGGUUCAAUUUUAUCCUUGGUUUGAUUUAAUUUUCUUUUGUUUCAAACUCAUUAUCAUACAUUACCAUAGCACAAAACAAAAGAAAAUUAAAUCAAACCAAAGAUAAAAUUGAACCACAACAAUAUAUAUAGUGAGAAGAAAAAUAAUUGUGGAACUGUUGGCAUGAAAUAGUUACAUAAUUUAUUAUAUGCAUUAUCAACAGAAGUGGAAAGUUAGUGAUCUAUAAUUCAAUAUUAUUAAUUAUCAUUAAUAACUACUUAAUUCAUAUUUUAGAGGUUAUAGUUGACAAAUAUCCAGUUAAUUAAAUGCCACACAAAAUCAGAAGAAUGUGGCAUUUAUUCGAGGUUGUAGAAAAUACUUGGCUCAACUUUGGAAAUCUUCAUUAUGCAGACAAUUCUGAUUCUAUCUCAGCAAAAAAGUGAGACAUUGGAAUUUUAAACAUCUUUCUGUUUAACACAAUAUUUACAAAUAAUUUGUUCUAAUAUUGUUGUCUUAAUUUAAUAAAUGUAAUUUUGAAAUAAACAAUGCCCCUGAAUAAACAGUGCAUAAUUUGAAAAGCUGAAAAUUUAACAAAAAAAUGCUGCAGCUUCACUUGAUUUGAUAUGAUACAGGUCAAAAUUAAAUUCAGGUUAAAUGUCUUGUAGCCCUAAGUAUUCAUGAAUAACUAGGGCUAGGAGACAAAAAAAUUAAGAAUCAACCUAGGUUAAAAAUUUUAUUCUGAAUUUAAUUUUGACCUGUAACAGAUACAGUACAACCUGAUCAGCUAACUUUCAUGCAAACUUGAAACAUUUGUUUUUGUCCACAGGGAUCAGCCACAGUAGGACUGAAAUCUAAAACUCAUGCAGUUCUUGUGGCAUUAAAGGUGUGUUUAUAAAUUUGUCCUGGUUUUUUUCACUUAGGGCUAUCCUUAUCCAUGUGUGAGCAUGAGACUCAAAACUGAUGACAGACCAGCAGAUUGACAGUCAUAAAAGUACUGUCUGUUAAAGCUAUGAGUGAUUUUAUGUUUACUGUUCUUUACCUUUUUCUGGCACCCUAUUUCUAACUAAACCUCUGACUUGCAGGUAAAAAAGUGCAGCAUCAGUAAAUGAUAGUUAAAUUUUAACUAUCAAGGCAUUAAAUGCUUACUACAGGAUCUUAUAGAAAGAGGGAAAAUUACAAAAUAUUAGUCACUGAAUCGGCUGCCAUAGAUAUUUAAAAGUCCUUUGCCAGAGUUUAAUCAAACUCUGCUAUUGAAGGCCAACACAUAAAACUUAAUCAACUGAUGAAUAAGUUUUUUUUAAACAUAUUUGAUUUCAUACAAUACAAAAUGCAUGUACAUGCUGUAGGUAAAAUCCACCCUCAGGUUAAACCAAGGCUGUGCUGUAAGAAAACAUUGAACAGAGCCUGGUGCUCUGAACCUGUGAAAUCCAGGAUGCCUAGCAUAGGAUUUCUGUGAAAAAAACUUAGAUUUUCUAGUCAACCGGAAGCAAAAGUGAGGUGCCAGUGAGGACACUAGUGACCAAUGGGCACUGCUAAAGCACAGCCUUGGGUUAAACCAGCAUUCACCUUAUGUUAUCAAGGCUAGAACCCAAACAAAAAGCUGACUAUGAUAGGUCGUUAUUUAAAUAUGCACACGUUCUCUUUUUUUUGUUUAACUGACAUGUGUAUUUAGUUUGUUAUUUAACGCAUUACAUUUUCUUUGGGUUGUUUUUCUACCCGAAUUCCUUGUCAGUAACUGUGCUCACAUUGUGGAUGGCUCCUCCUAAAUGUUUUACAAUAUUGGUAUACAUAGGAUUUAAUGGAAUCAAAACCAAUUGUGGAAUUGCACACAUUUUAGGCAUUCUAAUGAUGAACAGUUACAACUUUGAGAUAUUUCAAGCAACAACAAUUAAUUGCUGUCUGUCACUUUGUACUGGAAAACCAUUUAAAUGCUUAAUGCAUUGUGUUAUUUUCUUUUUAGAGGGCAGCAUCAGAGUUAUCUGCUCAUCAAAAGAAGAUCCUGCCAAUUGAUGACCACGUAGCUGUAUCCAUUGCAGGCCUCACUGCAGAUGCACGACUUUUAAGGUAA